AUGUCUGAAACGGCACCUGAAGCCCUAGCUAAUCCUGUUCCAACCAUCACUAUGGAGAAGUUUCCAGUGAAGAAACGCGGGAAGAAACUGGUGGAUUUGACGGGGGCAAGUCGCAAGGCUCCGAGGGCCCCUGUGUCCAAGUUGAUCAUUGAGGCCCUUUCGAUGUCGGAAGAGCGAGUAGGCAUGUCACUGGUCGCACUCAAAAAGGCGCUGGUGGCUGCCGGGUAUGACGUGGAGAAGAACAACAGCCGCAUCAAGCUGGGCCUCAAAAGCCUGGUAAGCAAGGGAGUCCUGGUUCAGACCAGGGGCACUGGUGCUUCCGGCUCCUUCAAGCUCAGCAAGAAGGUCUCUCUUGCGCCCACCAAGGGCAAGGUCAGAAAGCCUGGCUCUGCUAAGACAAAGAAGCUGGUUUUACCCAGGGGUUCAAAAUCGCCAAAGAGUGGCAAGACUAAGAAAAGAGCCGGGAAGUCGAGGGCACCAGCAGCUAAGAAAGCUGCAAGGAGCGGGAGAAAGACUAAAGGAGCCAACACCAGGCAACAGCGUAAAAGUCCAGUGAAGGCGAGGGCAGGAAAGCCUAAGGCCGGGAAGCCGAAGUUGACCCAGCAGAAAACUAACCCUAAGAAGAGGUCUACUAAGAAGUGA